CUGGGAACGGUGCGGCUCCUUCAGCAGCUCUCCAGCCACGAGGGAAAGGGCAGAGAACAGGCAGGAGUUGUCUGGCACCGUCCUUCGUGGUCGCCCUGCAUCUCUGGGCGAGAGAGCGAAUUAAUAAGUCAGGAGUUAGGACCCAGAGGUGCGUGGUGGACGUACAGGAUCUGACAGCUGGUGGAGAUCGAUGAAGUGCACUUUAAGAAACAUCGCACUGAAGCGAGAUGGUUCGAGACUAUUUCCUCCCACUCCGGGUGUUCCGUUUCCCCAAGGGUUCCACUUGGAACUGCGUUUUCCUUUCCACACUCCUCUUUUCAAUGGAAACUCUGUGCUGUUGAGAGGGAAGAAAUCGUCCUUCUGAAACGGGCACGAUGAAGCUUCCAGAUCUGAUGCCGGUGCUUUUCGCCCUUGGCGUCUCUCCCUCAGCCACCGCGGGAUCCAGUUCCAUCGCUGAAAAUGAAGACGCCCUUCUCAGACAUCUCUUCCAAGGCUACCAGAAGUGGGUCCGCCCGGUCCUCAAUUCCAACGACACCAUAAAAGUCCAUUUCGGGCUGAAAAUAUCCCAGCUCGUAGACGUGGAUGAAAAGAAUCAGCUGAUGACAACGAAUGUGUGGCUUAAGCAGGAAUGGACAGACCACAAAUUACGCUGGAAUCCUGAUGACUAUGGUGGAAUUCAAUCAAUUAAAGUUCCAUCAGAAUCUCUCUGGCUUCCUGACAUAGUUCUCUUUGAAAAUGCAGAUGGACGUUUCGAAGGCUCCCUCAUGACCAAGGUCAUAGUGAAAUCUAACGGAACCGUGGUCUGGACUCCUCCCGCCAGUUACAAGAGUUCCUGCACCAUGGACGUCACAUUUUUCCCGUUCGACCGGCAGAACUGCUCCAUGAAGUUUGGGUCCUGGACUUACGACGGUACCAUGGUUGACCUCAUUUUGAUAAACGAAAAUGUGGAUAGGAAAGACUUCUUUGAUAACGGAGAGUGGGAAAUACUAAAUGCGAAAGGGAUGAAGGGAAACAGAAGAGACGGUUUAUACUCGUACCCGUUUAUCACGUAUUCUUUCGUUCUGAGACGCUUGCCUCUGUUUUACACCCUCUUUCUGAUCAUCCCCUGCCUGGGGCUGUCGUUCCUCACGGUCCUUGUGUUCUAUUUACCUUCCGAUGAAGGAGAAAAGCUUUCGUUAUCAACAUCCGUUUUGGUGUCUCUGACAGUAUUCCUUCUAGUGAUUGAAGAAAUCAUCCCAUCUUCUUCCAAAGUCAUUCCCCUCAUCGGAGAGUACCUGCUGUUCAUUAUGAUUUUUGUUACCCUGUCGAUUAUUGUCACUGUCUUUGUAAUCAACGUUCACCACAGAUCUUCUUCAACCUACCAUCCCAUGGCCCCCUGGGUUAAGAGGCUCUUUCUGCAAAAACUUCCUAAAUUACUUUGCAUGAAGGACCACGUGGAUCGCUACCCCUUUCCGGAUCAAGAGGAGAGCAAGCCAGUCGUGAAGGGCAAACUCCUCGACAAGAAGAAACAGAAGCAGAUGAGUGAAGGGGAAAGGGUUCUGGUUGCUUUCUUGGAAAAGGCUGCUGAUUCCAUCAGAUACAUUUCAAGGCACGUGAGGAAGGAGCAUUUCAUCAGCCAGGUGGUACAAGACUGGAAAUUUGUAGCUCAAGUUCUCGACCGAAUCUUCCUGUGGCUCUUUCUGAUAGUGUCGGUGACAGGCUCGGUUCUGAUUUUCACCCCUGCUUUGAAGAUGUGGCUUCAUAGUUACCAUUAGGAACAAGGUUCUGGAACAAUUUAAAGACAUUCCAUAGAGACAAUGACACUUUAGACCUCACAACCGUCGAGCAUGUAUAUAGAACCCC